AUAAUAAUGGAUCAUAAAAAUAAACAUUUUGAUUGUUUUUAACUGUACAUGCUCUAGCAAUCACUAACAGAGUCCAGCUGUCUUUCCCCACUAAAUGGACAUGCAUCAUUGUGAAAGGGACGCGCAAAGACUUUUGAGACUCAUCCUUUGAAAAGUCAUAUCAGAAAUGGUUGAGACUUUUGAGGAAUCAUCCUUUUAAAAGCCAGAAACAGAAAUAGUGGGAAACUUUACUUUACACGUCGAAAGUGUUAAAAAGUUAGGAACAGAAAUAAUUGCAAACUUUACUUUACACGUCGAAAGCGUUAGAUAAUUAGGUAAGUUCAGGCCCGUUUGUUAUCGUAGUUCGGGCUAACUGUUGCUGAUUUUGCUUAAAAUUACGGGCGAAAAACAAAUGUGCCCACUUGCAGAGGAUGGGCGGCAAGAGCAGAGGCCAGAGGGGAUUCCUCCCUCAUCCAUCACUUCUCCUUUCCAUCCCAUGUGAGAAAAACUCAUCUCCUAUUUCCACCGGCAUUUUCCUCCUAUCAGAUUGCAAGGUUUGGAGCCACAUCAGUUGUUCAUUUCCUGCAUCUCACGCGCUUGGAUCAACUUGCAGGUUGCAUGGAAUCUAGGGAGUGUAGGUGGGCGGCAGAUCGAGGGUGAAGAACAGUUGAGAUUGAGAGAAGGUAGUAGGAUGGCUGGGGCUCUGUUUCAACCUCCGCGGAUUUUGCCUAUAAAAGAAGGUUUUCGGAGAGCAGAAGGGGGGAACUAAGAGGAGAAGAAGAAGGCAAACGAAGAAAAACAACAGAGAGCCUGAAAAAAAGAUUCAGUAAGUUCAGAGAGUGCUGGAAUUUUCGGGUUUGAGGAAUCGAAGGCAAAAGGGAAGUUCGAAUUCGGUUUCGGGAUCGGGAUCUGAACGUUAUUGCCGACUUUAGGGAUUUUUAGCUUCAGUUCAUUUUAUGUAAAUCCUAUAUUGAUAUUGGAUUAGAAAUCGAGUUUGUUGUUAAAUUUAUUGUAAUUUUAUUUUGAAAUUGUGAUUGGUGGUUGUUGUUGAUUGAGAAUUCUUUUUAU